CCCGCAGGCUUCAAGGAGAGCGCCUACGCCUACGCCAUCGCUGCUGCGGGGGUGGUGCACGCCGUCUCCAACGCAUGCAGCCUGGGCAAGCUGAAAGCCUGCAGCUGUGACCUGCAGCGACGGGGAGACGAGGAGGCGUUCAGGCUGAAACUCAACCGCCUGCAGCUGGAAGCUCUGAACCGGGGCAAGGGAAUGGUGCACGGGGUGAUGGAGCCGCUGCCCGGAGACCUGCCCGGCCCGCAGGACUCGUGGGAGUGGGGCGGAUGCAGCCCCGACGUGGAGUAUGGGGAGAAGUUCUCCAGGGACUUCCUGGACUCCCGGGAAACCUACAAGGACAUCCACUCGCGCAUGAGGCUCCACAACAACAGGGUCGGAAGGCAGAUGAUAGCGGAGAAUAUGAAGAGGAAGUGCAAGUGCCACGGGACGUCGGGUAGCUGCCAGCUGAAGACCUGCUGGCAGGUGACGCCGGACUUCCGCAUGGUGGGCGGCCUGCUGAAGCUGAAGUUCCACAACGCCACCCUGAUCAGAGCGCACAACCGCAACGCCGGGCAGGUGGACCACCCGCACCACCCGCACCACCCGCACCACCAGCACCACCCCCACCGCCGGAGGUCCACUGCCGCCACAGCCACAGCCGCCGCCGGGCUGGUCUUCUUCGAGGACUCGCCCAACUUCUGCGAGAGCGAGCCCGAGAUGGACUCGGCCGGCACCCGCGGCCGUAUCUGCAACAAGACCAGCCCCGGCCUGGACAACUGCGAGAGCCUGUGCUGUGGCCGUGGCCACAACAUCCUCCGCCAGUCACGCAGGGAGCGGUGCAACUGCAAGUUCCACUGGUGCUGCUACGUGGCAUGCGACGAGUGCAGGGUGACCGAGUGGGUGAGCGUGUGCAAGUAGAGGCCCCCGGCUGCGGAGAGACGAGGACGCACACUCACUCACACUCGCACGCACACACACUCGCACGCACACGCGCACACACACUCGCACGCACACUCACUC